UCCGACUGGAAGAGAUCCCGAAAUUGCAGCAACAUUUCCACCCUUCAGUGCAAUAUUCACCCUCUUCACAUACUUAAAUGAUCACAUAUGUGCUCAUAUGCACUGUCUGUAAUGUACAUAAUCUCCCCCUUGUUAUGCACCCUCCAGAGCUAAAAUCUCCGUAAUUUGUCCCGUCAGUCGGUUCCAUUCUGUCGUCGCGUCCACUGGAAGCAAAUCAUGGAGGAGGAACUAGUGCCUGUUCGCGUGUCUGAUAUUUUGCCCCCUCCUGAAAUGUGGAGGGUCCAUGUCAAGGCGAAGGUCGUGUGUAAAACGGGUGUGCAUAACACCGCUAUGGGAUCGGCUUCCGGACCAUUUUACAAAAUUCUGCUGGCCGAUAAGACCGACCAGAUUUAUUUGUUCGUCUAUCUCCAUCCCCGACCUCCACUGGGGGCCAAUCGGAAAUUUACGGAAGAAAUGCAGGAAGUUGUGGACCUAUUAGAGAUUGGCCAAGUGUACACUUUUGCUGCCCGAGUUCGAAACUACCAUCCCGAUUAUACGGUCCAGACUCAGAGGAACGGGGCAGAAUUGCUUUUCGACAACAUGGUGGACACUUACGACGACGAGGAGGAGGAUAACGUUAUGGAAGAUGCCAAGAUGUAUCUGCCCUUGCAAUUCAGUAGUGCUGACGUAAUCAGAGAAACGGAUGUGGGACAGGCAGUCGACGUUCUCGGGACCGUGGUUCGUGUCGGGGCAACGCACGGUGCUCCUGAUGACCUCUUGCGGUUCGUGACACUCGAGAUUAUGGGGGGCCGGUUUCACUGUAAUGUUUGGCGAGGUCAUGAGAAAGCGUUUCGUGUGAAUGCGGCCCCUUUUCGAGUUGCAAUUCAAGGGGCAAAGGUCACCACGUUUGAUCAUAGAAUCCAGCUGCAUAUCGGAAACACGGCCAUUGUCUAUAUGAUGAACACAGAAAAAGAAUUGAGUCGAAUUGAUCCUAACAUCCGUGAAGGUGAGUUUUUCAGUGAGACGUUUGGAUCGGAUGAUGAAGAUGAUUAGCAAAUUUGGUCACAUUUUAAUGAAAUAAAGACUAUUUUACGUAUCAACAUUACGUAUGUAUGUGACUACGUUAUAAAGCAAAUACAUUUGUACUUAUGCACGAACAAAGAAAAAUCAUGAAAGACAGGCUUAUGUAUGUAAGUACGUAUGUUCAUACAAAUACUAAUUAGUACUUUAGUACAUCCUAUGUAUAUAUUUCAUUGAGUUUUUCAAAAAUUAAAUUUCUAAUUUAAAUUA